AUGACAACCAACUCGCCUGCAACUUCAUACCUCUCCGCGCCCACAACGGCAGCUAACGUCCUCACACCAGCAAGCACCAUCUCAUCCCGCGAACCCAGCAAUACUUCUGCUUCAACUCGUCCCCGAACAGUAUCCCCCUCCGGCUAUACAUUCCCUGACGUCUACGACUGGCCCGCCUUCUUCACCUUACAACCCAACACCCAAACCCGUCAAGCCCAGAUGCGUCGCUGGGCAAACCUCAUCUCCGACUGGUGUCGGUAUCACCGCACAUUCCGCCUGUCGCUGACUGAAGCUGUUGAGUCGCCGUUAUUCUAUAAUGCCAAAAUGCGGAGAAGAGUAGGAAUACAGGAGGCGAAGACCAUUGUGGAUUGGAUGGUGAUGUCACAGGAAGAUGGGGGUGGUGGGAGGAGAGCGGAAUGGGUUCCUGCCGCUGCGGCCGGGGGAAGUGAGAAGACGAUUGCGUGGAUAUGGUGGAGGAGGCCGGAGGAGUGGGCGAAGGUGAUUGCGGACUGGGUCGAGGAAACGGCGCAGAAGAAUACCGUUUUGACGGUUUAUGAAUUGAUACAUGGAGAGGCUACUACAUCGCAAGAAUUCCACGGCAUGGAUGCCGACGUCAUGCUCAAAUCGCUAAACGUCCUCGUCAAAGGCGGCAAAGCCCAGGUAUUCGGAAACGACGACGAAAAGGGCGUCAAGUUCUUUUAA